GAGCGCGGGAGCUUUUCCACCAGGGCUCCUGAGGGAAGCGGUGAAUGGCGCUGGUUCUCGGAAGCUAGGGCCGAGAAGAGAGCCGCGCGGGUCCCAGCCGGAGCCCCGGGGCGGCUGCGCGGCCGACAUGGCCUGCUGUCACAAUGUUAUGCUGCUGCUGGACACCGCGGGCGGUGCCGCCGGCCGGAGUCCGGUCCGGCGGGCCGCCCUGCGCCUCCUCACCUACCUGAGUUGUCGUUUCGGCCUACCCAGGGUCCGCUGGGCCUUCAAGUUCUUUGACUCUGAGGGGGCGCGGAGCUGGCCGUCCCGCGUGUCUGACUUCCGCGAACUGGGGGCCCGCUCCUGGGAGGACUUCGAGGAGGAGCUGGACGCUAGGCUCGGGGACGGCGGCCACGGCGCCCACCUGCCGGGCCCGGCGCCCAGGGCCAGCCACACGCACAGCGCCCUGAUGGAGACGCUGCUGGACUACCAGUGGGACCGGCCCGAGAUCACGUCGCCCACGAAGCCGAUCCUGCGCAGCAGCGGGAGGAGGCUGCUGGACGUGGAGGGCGAGGCCAAGGAGGACGAGACUGCUCUCGGGGGCUUUGUGAACGCGGUCUUCCUGCUGGCCGCCUGUCCGCAUUCCGAGAGGGAGCUGCUGCAGUUCGUGUCCGGCUGCGAGGCCCAGGCCCAGCGCCUGCCGCCUCCCCCUAAGCAGGUGAUGGAGAAGUUGCUGCCCAAGAGAGUCCAGGAAGUCAUGAUCGCCCGAAAAAUCACCUUGUACUGGCUGGAUACCACCGAGUGGCCUAAGUUGUGGGAAUCCCCGGACCACCUUGGGUACUGGACAGUGUGUGAACUGCUCCAUUUUGUAGGAGGCACUAUCUUACCGUCCGAAACUUUCAGCCAGGAUUGUACUAAAGCUGGGAAAAUACUGCUUGGUAGUGAAAAAAAGCUGGCAAGUGAAUCUUCCCUCUCUUCAUGGAUUUCAACUCUGCCACCUGAUGCCACUUUAAACUGUUUGCUCUAUAAUUCUGCAUACGAAGCCUCAUUUCCACGGAUGGAAGGAACAUUAUUUCUCCCUGUUGAAGGCAAAGAGGCUCCAGAAACAUGGACAGUCACCCUAGAGCCCUUGGCCAUGCAUCAGAGACAUUUUCAGAAACCAGUCAGAAUUCUUCUAAAAGGCACGGCAAGCCAGUGGUCUCUCCCAGCAAGUAGCACUUUGGGCACUGAGAGCUGGAUGCUGCGAAGUCCAGAGGAGAACACAACUCAGCGGCUGUUGUUUCAGCAGCUGGUAAGCAGGCUGACUGCUGAAGAGUUACACCUGGUUGCCAGUGUGGACCCUGGUGAAGGCUGGCCCCCCUUCGCGGGAGUUAUUUCCCCCCUCUCUACCAAUGCUACAAUUCUCACCGUGUUCCGCACUGAGGAGGCUGAAUUUCAAAGACAUUUUUUCCAAGCAGCUGUGGCAGAGAGCCCCCAGGAUACAGCUUCCCUUCUUUCUGAUGUUGUGGAUAUUGUAUUGAAUCAGAUUCACAAUUCACUCGAAGAUCCUGCCACCUGCGCUGCUCCUGUUCCAGAGUGGGCCCAGCAGGAGCUUGGCCGCUCCGCUCCCUGGAGUGCAGCUGUUGUGGAAAAGUGGUUUCCUUGCUCUAACCUUAGUGGUGCCAGUUCAAGUUUGAUGGAGUCGUUUUGGUUACUACAGUCUGCCUCAUCUAAUAAGGAAGAGUCUUCCAAAACUGAAAGUGAAUUAACAUGUUGCCUGUCUGAACUCUACCAGAGAAAGUCUCGAGAAGAAUCCGCUCUGUCCCAUCAGGAAGACAGCAGAAAGAAACGAGGGGUCCCUCGUACUCCGGUGCGGCAGAAGAUGAAAACCAUGUGCCGCUCCCUGAAGAUGCUGAACGUCGCGAGGCUGAACGUGAAGGCUCAGAAGCUGUGUCCAGAUGGCAGUCCCGAUGCAGCCGGGGACAAGGGGAUCCAAAAGACAGCUGGUGGAAGAACAGCAGAUAAAUUGGAAAACCGAGGAAGGACACUAAGAAGCUCUAAACCGAAAGAUUUUAAAACAGAAGAGGAGCUCCUGUCUUACAUACAUGAAAAUUACCAAAAGACUGUGGCCGCAGGUGAAACCAUGUUGCAUUCAUGUGCUCGGAAUAUGAUCUCAACGAUUAAAGCAUUCCUAAAGUCCAAAGGCACCAAGGAAUUAGAAAUGAACUGCCUGAAUCAAGUAAAAAAUAGCCUCUUAAAAACUAGCAAAAGUCUUCGACAGAAUCUAGGGGAAAAACUGGAUGAAGAUAAAGUCAGAGAGUGCCAGCUUCAGGUAUUUCUUCGUUUGGAGCUGUGUCUGCAGUGCCCUUCCAUCCACGACAGCACCGUUGAGAUGGAGCAGGUGGUGAAGGAGGUGACAGACCUGCUGCGCACGGUGUGUCUAACUGAGGAUUCGGCGUACCUAGCGAAGUUCCUGGAAGAAAUUUUGGAAUUGUAUAUUGACUCCAUCCCGAAGACACUUGGAAAUCUUUAUGACAGCCUAGGGUUUAUGAUUCCUCAGAAGCUGGCUGGUGUCCUCCCUCUAGAUUUUUUCAGCGACGACUCCAUGACACAAGAAAACAUAUCACCCCUUCUUUCUGUGCCUCUUCUGUCAAGCGCUCAUCGAUCAGUGUCGGGUGGCACUGAGUCUGACCAGCUGGAGGAGCUUCGCACCCGAUCAGCUAAGAAGAGAAGGAAAAAUGCAUUAAUAAGACAUAAAAGCAUUGCAGAGGUUUCACAGAACCUUCGACAAAUUGAGAUCCCCAAAGUGUCCAAGAGAGCUACAAAAAAUGAGAGCUCUCGUCCUCUUCCGCAGCUUCCACUUCCAGUGAAGGAGUCAAUACAAGAAGUGACCAAAGUUCGAAGAAAUCUCUUCAACCACGAAACGAUUUCUCCUUCAAAGAGAUCGGCAAAGCGGGGGUUGCCUAGAAGCCACUCCGUGUCCGCAGUGGAAGGUCUGGAGUGGAAACCUGACAACUUCAAGAGGACCAAAGGUUAUCACAGACUGCUGACUAGGAGUGUGGCUGAGACUCCAGUACAUAAGCAAGUGUCCAGAAGGCUUCUUCAUAGACAAAUCAAGGGCAGGUCCUCUGAUCCCGGUCCUGAUAUCGAUAUUGUUGAAGAAUCCCCAGAAAAAGGAGCAGACGAAGUAAAGUUGAGACGAAGUCCUCGAAUCAAGCAACUGUCAUUCAGCAGGACAAAUUCUGGUUCCUUCUAUUCUGGGUCUCAGCCAAAGUCUCGAAGUGUGCAAAGAGUUCACUCAUUCCAGCAAGAUAAGUCAGGCCAAAGAGAAAGUUCUCCAAACCAAAGUGUUCGUUCUCCCAGGCGGCUGCUUUUUGGGGCAUUGUCUGAGAUGGUCAGUCCCUCAGAGAAGGGUUCAGCGCGAAUUCAAAGGCCUUCAAGAAACCCACUGGGCUCUGAGAUACCCACAGCCUAUCAGACUCCUAAGAAGAGUAACCGGAAAUCUCCAAGCUCUUCUAAAGCUACACCAGGAAGGCUCCCUCGUACGCCACAAACGCCACUGCGCACCCCUGAAAGGCGGCAGAAACCCCCUACAGAAGUGACUCCUGCCAAACAGAUCAUUUUCAAGGACUCCUUAAAAGAUGCCUCACAGAGCUGGGAUUCACCAUCUCAACCCAAAGUCACUCCUCGGAAAGGACACUCCCUGGCAAAAGGAGGAACCUCUCCUCUUGCAAAGAAGAUUCCAAGAACUCCCAAAAGCCCGGGUGCUCGGCCACCUGGAUUUCUGAAUUCUACUUGGCCACCUUCGGUGACUUCCAGUCCCAAAAGCACCUCCUGCCCGGCAGCCCUGACCGGGAGUGACGGUCUGACUCUUACGGGGUCCGCGCUGAGGACGCCUCCGAGAGCAGCGGCCUCCGGGGGGCGAGGAGAAACCCCUCCAGGUCAAACGCACCACCAUCCCCGUGUCCCCAGGGCGGCUCAGGCAGAGGACCUCACGCAGAAAUGGAAGGAUAAAGCGGUCUCAGUCCCCAAGACAGUGGGGAGCACCACUCUGACUUCUCCCCAUCUUUCUCCAGAAAAACAUUUGGCCUCUCACUUAGGUGAGCUUUCCAAGAGUCCAUUUCGGAAAUUUUCAAUAGACUCUCCUCCCCCUGAAGAACUGGAUUGGAAAGGGCCCCAGAAAGCACCCCUUGGAGCCUCGUCUCUCUCCCGUCCUGUUCCCUCCACUCCCCCCCGAAUCUCGGAGAUGGCCCGGUCUGACCCGGUGCCCCCUCGGACCCCUGCUAAAAUUGGAAAAAGGCAGAGAGAGACCUGGAACCUGGAAAGCAGCUCCCUCGAGUGCCAGCCGAGCACCUCUGCUGCUGCUAGCCCAGCCGCCCUCACAGACGCUAGAAAGGACUGGAAGGAAGUGAUCCUCUCUCCUCAGCCUUCUCCUGGAAGACACAGUUACUCCGGGCCUGGCUGCGGGCAUGACUGGCCUAUGUCCUCUCCUCUGCUUCCUGGGAGCGGCACAGACUAUCUCGCUCUCCUGGAUGAAGCCGAGCACCACGACAGCGAUGGCUCGCAUGCUCACGUCACACCCGCAGAGGAAGGUGCGGCGUCGAGGACGGCGGCGGCCCAGGAGAAGCCUUCUCCGUCCAACCCCGGGAGUCCUCCCUCCCCACCUCCCCGCGGGCCCGGCUCUCCCCCCACGCCCUCCUACGCCCUGCGCUACACUGCAGACAGAAGGCAGCACCAGGCCGCCACGCAGCUGGGGCACCCGCCGGCGUUGACACGGGCUCCUAAAGGCUCCGGCAGCCCCCAGACCUACGAGGUGGAGCUGGAGAUGCAAGCUUCCGGCCUUCCCAAGCUUCGGAUUAAGAAGAUCGACCCCAGCUGCCUGGCCGAAGCUGAGUCCCUGAGAAGGGAGGGGAGGUCCCUGGGAGAGGAGAGCUCCCUCCCCAGCCUCAGCAUGCCCGGGGCCAGCAAGUCCUCGGGAAGACCCGAAACCGCCUACGUGUCGCCCCCCUGCGCCUCGCACAGCACCCCCGGCAAGAGCGGGGGCCAGACCUACAUCUGCCAGUCCUGUACCCCCACCCGCUGCCCCUCUAGCACCCCCUCUCCGUUUCAGACAGACGGUGUUCCCUGGACCCCAUCUCCCAAGCACAGCGGGAAGACCACCCCUGACACCAUUAAAGACUGGCCGCGGAGGAAGAGGGCGGUGGGUGGCAGCUCCACCGGCAGGGGCGACGUCGGCACUGACCUUCCUGCAGGUGGGUCCCUGCUCGAGCCAGAGCGAAGGGAGCAAGGCGGCCUUGAACUCAGCAGCAGCAGGACUCCCCUCUUGGGGGACUUUGAGCUUGAGGGGGUGUGCCAGCUGCCAGACCAGUCACCUCCCAGGGACAGUGUGUCUCAGGCUGAGGAAGCCUCCUCCUGGGGACAGUUUGGGUUGGGUUCCAGGAAGAGGCUCCUUCCUGCUAAGGAGGAAGUGGAGCAUCAAGCCAAGAGAGUGUGUGAGGAGCAGAGAGGAGACGCAGAGCUUGGCAGGAGCGAGGAGCCAUCUCCAGGUGCCGGUGGGCGGCACCUCCCCUCCAUGGGGGACGACGACGUGUUUGUUUCAGGUUCCACGCCCCCGCCCGGCUGUGCGCUGCGGAGCUGCCUCUCGGCCAGUGGCCUGCAGGCCCUCACCCAGUCCCCGCUGCUGUUCCCAGGGAGGACGCCUUCCUCGCAGGGUCCUGAUGCCAGAGGUGAGGAUAUGGAGGUGCUCCCCUCCACGGCCGAAGAAUCUCCUUUCAGCCGAGGGUUCUCCAGGAGACGCCCCGUCAGCAGAACUUACACGCGGAAGAAGCUGAUGAGCUAGUUCAGCCGGAACUGCUGGGGGACUUAAACCUGCACGCACUGCUGAGCCUGGCCAGAGCCGCUGCCUUCCAGGCCGGACGAAGCGCUCCGAGAGCCAUUUUCUCUGGCUGUGUUGGGAAUUCCAGGCUCCAAGCCUAGAGGAAUUCUUACCCCAGAAACUCCGUGCCUCUGAGCCAGGGCCUGACUCAUCUGUCCUACGUCCCUCUGGGCUCGCUGCACAGAAGCAGGAAUAGGCAGGGCUCCCUGAAACGAGGAAGCUCAAGACGAAGCCAGCCCGCUCCCCGUGGGCCUGCAGGUACUGGGGCCCGGGCCGCUCUUACUGUGUCAGCUCUCUGGUUCCCAAAGGGUCCCUUAGGGGUUUUAAUCCCCACCCCGCCCGGGCUGCAUUCCUCCCAGCCCUGCCCCCCCCGUUAGGGAGGGGGUAAGGCAGGUGCUCUAACAGCCUGGGAGGCAGACGAAAUUCUAAGAGCAGGCUCCCAUUCCAGCCCCUGCCUCUGAGAGACCAAGGUCAGUCCACCAACCACUCCCCCCACUUGUGAAGUGGGAGAAAGGGCUCCUCACGGGCCCUCACAAAGCUGAAGACUGCGUCCAACAGCAGAAUAAACUUCUUACCUUCCCCACCUCAUAAUAAAAUCUU